GUUUCUGCGAUCAACCUUCUUGCACUGCGUUCUUUGGCUUCUAGCCCGUUGGCUCGUCGCGUCCAUUCAUUUUCAGAGCAUCAGCUCUAUCCACUCAUUCCCAGCAUGCCUUCGUUCUUUCUCACUUCCGCCCUUGCGGCUACUAUCAUUUCUUCUGCUUCUGCGCAAUUCAACCCAACUGGCAAAACCAAUGUUGUGACCUAUUGGGGUCAAGGACCAAAUCAAGCGAGACUGGUGGAGACUUGCAAGAACUCAGCCGUCGAUGUGAUCAACAUUGGAUUCGUCACUAGAUUCCCAGAUCAAACAGGCACUGGAUAUCCGGAGACCAACUUUGGCAACGCGUGCUGGGGAGAUGUCUACCAGAACUCGACUGGCCAGGAUACUACCCUGCUUAAGACCUGCCCAUUCAUUGGUCCAGACGUGAUCGAAUGCCAGAAGACCUACGGAAAGAAGAUCUUCUUGUCCAUCGGCGGCGGCUAUCCUGCGGACUACUUCUUCAGCAGCGAUGCUAACGCCCGAGCCUUUGCCGACUUCAUCUGGGGUGCCUGGGGUCCGGUGAACUCAAGCUGGACUGGCCCAAGACCAUGGGGCAAUGCAGUCGUCGACGGCUUCGACUUUGACAUUGAGAGCGUGGUUUCCCCAGCCAACCGCCUGACUGCUGGUUACACUGCUUGCAUCAACCGCCUGAAGAACAUCCUCUAUCCGCAAGAUACCUCGAAGAGCUACUAUAUCUCUGGUGCACCACAAUGCGUUCUGCCGGAUGCGCACUUCACCUCGGUCGUUAGACGUGCCUGGUUUGACUUCUUGUGGAUUCAAUUUUACAACACUCCUCAAUGCAGCGCCCGCGCUGGCAUCAACAACCAGAAUGGCUCGAACAAGAACUUGGAUAUCACAUUCACGAACUGGACGCAAGCCGAGUCCUGGAACAAGGACAUCAAGUACUAUAUCGGUCUACCCGCAGCACCCAAGGCUGCCGCAGGCGACUCGUACUAUUUGACUCCUGCGGAAGUGCAGCGUACCGUGGCAAGGUUCUACAGCAAUAGCCGUUUCGCGGGCCUGAUGCUCUGGGAAAGUACCUUCGCCGUCACGAACCCGGUCUGCAACAAGGAUCAGCUCAGAUGGGCAAAGGACAUCCUCAAUGGCCAGGCAGCCGGUCGACCAGCUGUGGUAACAUGCCCAACCACGACCACGACUCGUACGACGACCACUGCUGCACGCACUACAACCACUACGCCGCGCGUGACCACGACGUCCGUUCGCACAACAACGACUAGCCGUCGCUCCACGACAACUUCUAGGCGGACGACCACAUCUGUUCGCCGCAAGCGCGCAGAGCCAACCGCUUUUAUCACGCGCACCAGAGUCGUGCGUGCAGCUCCAACGCCAGCUUAAGCGGAAUAUGAGGAUUCGGUCUCAGGAGCACAUGUUGUACGAUAGAUGUCAUAGACGGAAGGAUGUUGAGACAACUAGUUUGACACCAGAUCAGAAUGGAUACGAAAGCUUCACAGUAUGUGAUAUCCUCAAUGUCAAGUAUGGAAUCCAAGGUAGCCGUUGUUUCCUAAAGGCACCGCACGCGCGCAGGAUUCGCGAUGCCGUUGUGCUCGAGAAUAUGCACCUCCAAAAAAGAUGUUCUUGCAGCGAG